AUAACAGAUGUUUUGAUGGCUGAGGAGUCAAUUAAAAAAUUCCUAAUUGGUAAAACUGUAACUAGGCACGGUUACAAUGGAGGAGGAUUUGAUGGACCUAACUGUAAAAGUAAUUUCUUGCUUGGAUGAACUCAUAACUAUAGCUCCACUCCUGAUGAUACCCUGUAUUGAGACUUUAAGGAAAUUUAAAAUCGUGACAGCAGGAUGUUUUGGAAUGAAGCUUUCUCUUGAGUUCAGCAGAGAUAUUCAGGAAUUUGUCUCAGAAAUGUGCAACUUGCAUAAGUAUCUGAUAGAAUACACGACACACAAAAUCUGUCUAGAUUGGAAAUUUCACAUCAUACAGUCACACCUCGUCAUGUUUCUUGAAAGAAAAAACAAACCCUUGGGAAUUUUCAGUGAGCAAAGCUGUGAAGCUAUGCGCAAAAAUAUUAACAAGACAAUGAAAAGAUUUGCAGCUUCAGAGCUGAGCAAAUGCCAUGGAGAAAAGCUUCGUAAAACGUCCGUAACCUACUCUAGUAUGAGAAUGUGAAUAAUUUAAUAUAUAGUACUAAAUAUUGCAUUAUUGUAAAAUAAAGA